GAGGUUAGAAGAAUCAAGAAAGAACAUUUCUGUUUCUACAUGAUCCAUUUGCUGGCGGUUCGGAGUUGAAAUUCGCGCUGGGUAGCGGGUAUUCUACGCGUUCCAACUUACUCAUCUCCUCCGCCACCUCAAUAAACUCCGUAAAUGUCGAUUCUCCCGCCCGAUUUGAUCACCGAAAUACUUCUGCGAUUACCCGUGAAGAGCCUGGUACGUUUCCAAUGCGUUUCGAAGCCAUGGCAGGCACAAAUCAAUGGCCGAGUUUUCAUCAUCAUUCAUCUCGACUUCUCCAUUGCGGCCAACAGAGAACGCCAUCUCAUAGUCAUGGAUUACGAGGGAGAAAUGCCGCGGAAUUUCUCAGGAGUGCGCUUCAACGACGACGAUCGAUUCGAAGAAGCGCUCGUGAACAUUCAUCAGCCACUUCUCAAUGCUGGACACAACACCCAAAUCGUGAACUACUGCAACGGACUGGUUUGCAUCCACAACUAUGGGAGAGGGAUUGUUAUUUGGAACCCAUUAAUCCGGCGGUACAAGACGUUGCCUUUUGAGCCGGUAGGAUUCACCGAUUGUAUGUCUAGGUUGCCCAAUGUGGCCUUCGGACACGACCCAGUAAACGACGACUACAAGGUGAUGAGGGUUGUAGAGUUCAAUACAGAGAUUGAUGCUAAAAGUGCCAUUGAAGUCAAGGUAUAUAGUUUGAGAGCGCAUUCUUGGAAGACGGUUGAAGAGGAAUGGCCUAAAGAGUUCAGUCCAGCCAGUCCUUAUUCGAGUUCGAUGUCCUUAAACGGUGCUUUCCAUUGGUUAGUUGAUCCUAUUAGUGGGCCCCAGUACCGGCAGACCCUUCUGGCUUUCGAUCUAGCCACCGAAAAGUUCAGAAAGUAUACAAUUCCGGUUCAACCAAACGACGAUUCAACGCUCGGUUUGGAGGUCUUGAAAGGAUGUAUAUGUGUUUGCCUAAAUGUCGGUGUGACACUCAACGAUGUUUGGGUGAUGAAGGAGUACGGGGUAGUCGGCUCUUGGACUCGUCUUUACACCAUUGUGCAAGGCGCAGUCCCUUGGACUUUUGAGUACUGUAAACCUUUGGUGUACUCGAAAGACGGCAAGAAGGUUCUGAUGCAGCAAGAUUUUGAAUAUCUCUUUUGGUAUGACAUAGAGGAGAAAAGGGGCACGAGUGUUGAGUUGGAUGGUAUGCCUAAUUCGUUUGAGACGGCCAUUUGUGUGGGAAGCCUUGUUCUUCUCGACGGUGAUAGCGUGUAUGAUAAUCCAGCGGAUGACCUUAAUCUGUUGAUGGAAGCGAUCGAGGAGGAAGUGAUAAAUGAGGAACAAGCUGUUUGAUAUUCGAUUGCAAGGAAAACUGCUUUGGAGCCCAUUUUGGGUGAAAAGUGAAGGGAGAGAGCUAUGCUUGAUCAGCUGAGAAUGCUUGAAGAUUGGAGGAAACAAUAAUCCCAACGAUGUGUACCAAAUGCCUUUACUAGAAUGAGUAUACUUUUUCAGGUUUUUUCCUGAAUAGUGCCAUAUAUUGUCCACUUGUGUAAGGUGUUGUGUACUUGUAGUUACUGUGGUUUUGAAGCAUGUACAUACGAAAUAUGUUUGUAUUCCUCUCUAAAUCCACAAGGUUGUAUGACAUCUGUCGAUUUUGAUGCUGGAA